AGAUGAAAUGAAAAGAUUAAUGUUAAUACUCGCAAAGCGUGGAUGGAAUCUUGGUUGUCAAAAUGGGUAUAAUAUCUAUCUGAAUCAGUUGAACAUUAUAGAGCUUUUGAACGAUCUGUUUGAGGAGAGUUUGGAUGCUAAACUUGUUCUAUACUUCUUCAAGUGGUCAGAAUGCUGUUCUGGAUCAAAGCAUACAAUACAAACCAUAUGUAGAAUGAUACAUAUUUUGGUUUCUGGAAACCUGAAUCAUAGAGCAGUGGAUCUGAUAUUGCAUCUUGUGAGAAAUCAUGGUGACGAGGAGUCAUGUAAUUCAUUGCUAGAAGUCCUUUAUGAAACCCAUAGCGAAAUAAGGGUGUUAGAAACCACAUGUAGCAUGCUUGUCAAUGGUUAUAUUCAGGAAGGCAUGGUGAACAUGGCUUUAAAAAUAGCAUGUCAAAUGAAGCACCUAAACAUCUUUCCUUCAAAUGGGGUGUGUAACUCACUACUGCAGGCAUUAUUAGGAUCAAAGCAGUUGGAAUUGGCAUGGGAUUUUCUGGAAGUUAUGCGGACAAGAGGGAUGGGUUUAAAUGCAGCUAUGAUGAGCUUAUUCAUUAAUAAGUACUGUAGUGAGGGUGAUCUGGAAAGUGGUUGGAAGUUGCUCUUGGAAAUGAAAAAUUAUGGGAUUCAACCUGAUGUGGUUUCAUUUACAAUUGUUAUUAACUCACUUUGCAAGAUGUCUUAUCUGAAUGAAGCCACCGCUUUAUUGUUUAAGAUGACUCAAUUGGGUAUUUCUCCUGAUCCAGUUCUGCUUAGUUCAAUUAUUGAUGGUCACUGUAAGCUGGGGCAGACAGAGGUAGCAAUAAGCAUAUUGAAGAUUUUCAAUACUUCCCUCAAUAUUUUCAUAUACAAUAGCUUCAUUUCAAAGUUAUGCACAGAUGGUAAUAUGGUUGAAGCUUCUAGACUGUUUCAUGAGAUGUCUCUUUUGGGCUUGCUCCCCGAUUGCUUUUGUUACUCUACUAUAAUUGAUGGAUACUGCAAAGUGAGAGACAUUGAUAGAGCUUUUCAGUAUUUUGGGAAAAUGUUAAAAAAUGGAAUCACACCAUGUGUUACCACAUACACAUCCCUCAUUGAUGCUUAUUGCAAGUCUGGAAACAUGGAAACGGCAGAAUAUUCGUUUCACAAGAUGAUUUCAGCAGGUUUGGCACCUGAUGUUGUUACAUUCAACACCUUAAUGGAUGGCUUUGGUAGGAAGGGACACUUACAAAAGGUUUUUGGGCUUUUAGAUAUGAUGAAUUCUUCCAAUGUUUCACCUGAUAUUGUGACAUAUAACACUCUCAUUCAUAGUCUUGUCACAAGAGGAUUUGUAAUCGAAGCAAAAGAAAUUUUGUUUGAGCUAAUCAAAAGGGGUUUCUCUCUGGAUGUGGUCACAUUCACUAACCUUAUAGAUGGGUUUUCAAAGAAGGGGAACUUUGAGGAGGCCUUUUUUGUGUGGUUCUACAUGAGUGAGCAUGAUGUGAAACCUGAUGUAGUGACAUGCAGUGCUCUUCUGAAUGGAUACUAUAGAGAGCGUCGAAUAGAAGAAGCUAAUGUUUUGUUUCACAAGAUGCUUAAUAUUGGAUUACGUCCAGAUCUGAUACUGUACAACACUCUGAUUCAUGGGCAUUGUAGUUUUGGGAGCAUGGAUGAUGCAUGCACCUUGAUAAGUAUGAUGAUUGAACAUGGUAUCCUUCCUAAUAACAUUACUCACCAGGCACUUGUUCUUGGGUUUAGAAAAAAAAGGGUAAUGAAUCCUGUAGAAACUGCAAAUCUUAAGUUGCAACAGAUACUGCUCAAAUAUGGUAUUCAUGUUGAUGUUGAUGAAUAUCUGAGAGAGCAACCAGGAAGCUGCAAGCAAUUACCAGCUUGACCAGAGUACUAGAUGCUCAGGUGGUCUCACUUCUCAUAAUCCGAGCAGGAGCUGAAGUCAGGCACUAGUUUGAUGCUUGGGGUGUUCCUAUGACUUCAGCACUAAGCGCAUGCUUUGCUUGAGCACUAGCUCAAUGCUCUGGAUGUUAUCUCAUGCCCCAAGCACAUGCUUUGACUUGGGCACUUUGAUCACAUAACAGAUUAUGAUGGAGCAGUUACCAGUAGAAUCUUUACGAUCUCCAGUUACCUGAUGUUAAGCCUAAGGAUCAUGAAUGGACUCACUGAAAGUAUAAGAGAUAAGGAGCACUUACAAAUGCUCAGACCACUGCAGAGUCAAAGAUGGAUUUUCUUUUUAUCCUGAAGGUGAAUAAGAUAAGAGUCUCAACUCAGCGCAGCUAUCAAAGGUUAAUGAGACACCAGUGUGGUGUUUGCCAAGAAAGUCAGGUGGAUUCGAUUUGGAAAGCAGGAGAGUUGAAGUUGCAAAAGAUGGGAAGAUUAUGGUAAUGUACUAUUGUAUUGUGUGAAAAAGAUAUAUACUCUUGAGAGUGUCCCAAAGGGGUGGGAAUUCUUGGUGAAGGGUAAGUCUUGAUGACACUACGAUUGCAAGUCAAGAUCUUCGUAUAUAACCUGCAAAUGUCCAUGAUUCUUCGGGAUUGAGAUUCAUCCAUAUAUGGAAAGUGAUUUGAGUCAGGAUUUCCAGAUGUGAGAGAAGUUAGCUUUGGAUUCUGAUACAGGCCAUGCAGAUCUAAGUUGAUCCGAGCAUUAUUCGGCACGAGUCCAACUAGACAGAGCACGAGUCCAAACUAAAGUGUUCAUAUAGCACCACAGAGUUGUUUUGGCUAGGUUGUAUGGGGGUGGCUGUUUUGCUCUACUCUAUGAAAAGCUCUUGCCUAGCACAAUUGUUUUGAUCUGCACAACACAUCAUUGAUUGAUGUGGCUAAACAAUGACAUGGAAGUUGUUGUCCAAUGGAAUUUAAGGGUACUUUGGUCCUGCGAACUCGUGGGGUAACACGUGUUGUUGUGCUCUGAGGUUGGUUUUUCAUGUGCACUCCCACAAAAAUUGAUAGUAACAACUCGUAUCAAUGAGAGUUUGUGAUGGAGAUCAUGAAUCACAUAUAACAACAUU